CAGUUCCACUUAUGUUCCCUAUACACCAAAUAUCUGUCAAAGACUUUGCAGGUGAAGUUGGAAACCAAAGUGCUGACCCAGGUGCAAGAACAGAUAUUGCUUUAA